AUGGGUGCUUACAAGUACGUAUCUGAGCUAUGGAGGAAGAAGCAGUCCGAUGUGAUGAGGUUCCUGCAGAGGGUGAGAUGCUGGGAGUAUAGGCAGCAGCCUUCGAUUGUCCGUCUCGUCAGGCCUACUCGUCCCGAUAAGACUCGUCGUUUGGGCUACAAGGCCAAGCAGGUGAUUGAUUCUCGUCUGUUUAGCGUUCCAUUUUAA